AGGAAUAACCCGCGCUUCGGGGAGCUUGCCCGGAUGGUGGCCCAGAACCCUCAGAUGUUGGCCCAGAUCCUGCCCGCCCUGGCCCAGAGCAACCCGGGCCUCGUGCAGGCCAUGCAGGCCGACCCAGAGGGCUUCCAGCGGAUCCUGGAGGAGGCCGCCGCGGGCGGCGGCCAGCCCCAGGACCCGGUGGCCGCCAUGCUGGCGGCGGCGCAGGCGGGCGGCGGCGGCGGGCAGCCCGGCGCCGGGGGGCCCGGCCCUGGGCAGAACGUCGUCCGCCUCUCUGAGGAGGAGAGCGCCGCGGUGGACAGGCUCGCCGCCCUGGGCUUCGACAGGAACAUGGCUGCCCAGGCGUAUUUCGCGUGCGACAAGAACGAGGAGCUGGCUGCGAACUUCCUCUUCGACAACCCGGCCAUGGACACAGACUGAGUCACGCUCGGGGGCGUUCUUCUGCACGUGCACGUGGGAAGGGGGCACGAAGGGGAGGGGACAUGAGGAAGGUACGACUUGAGUCCGACAAGUAUUAUCUUGG